CAUGGAUCAAGUGUAAAACCCCAUUUCAGCAGAAUCGAAAGCUACCACAAUUAUUAAUGGAUCGAGAAUCACUGGAGAAACGGCCUGCGAUCUUUGUUGUCGGAUCCCCCAACGUCGGUAAACGGACCAUACUCUCACGUAAGACCUUCUUUCUCUGUCUCGAUUCUCUGUAUGCGAAUUGAAGAAUUCUAAUUUGUUGCCGUAGAUUUAUUUGUAUGAUAUUCGGAAGCUACUGGGGAGUUUGAAUGAUGGGGGUUUAGUGUUUUGCUGUGAAAAUUAGUGUAAUGAUUCAAGAGUUCAGCUGAUCGAUUAAUUCUCAGUGCGUGUAGCUCAAAGAGGUACCUUUAUAUCGUAAUUGUUAACUCAAUACUUAGCUGGUAAAACUAGAUGGAAGUGUUUCCAUCUGCUUAUAACAGAAUCUGACUAGCUGUGGGCAUUAUUUCAGCAUGAUGUUUGGAUUACUCCCACUCUAUUUCGUCGCUUGUCGAAAAGAGUUCGAUUAUUAUUUAUUACAAUCGCUUCCUCAUCCAACAAUGCAAUACUUAGUGAAGGAUGGCUCCUAUUCAGAUUCCUGCUUAUUAUAAGUAUUUUCCAGCUAAGAGUGGCAAAUUUGGACUACUUAAGGUGGAUUUUGACGAUGCCUCUGAUACGUUACCUGAGUUAUCUGUCAAUGGGUGGACAAUCAACACAAAGUAUUACACAGCAGAUGUUACAGUUUGGACAGCUAAUCUUUCUAAUGAGCUAUCCAUUGCAAGCUUUCCUGAUGUGAACCAGAUAGUUGCCUUGGUUAUGGUGUUUGACACCAGUGACCUCCCAACACUAGUUGCUCUUAAAGAAUGGGUUUCGCGCACUGACAUCCAGAAGUUUGAUAUACUACUCUGCGUUGGUAACAAGGUGGAUCUUCUUCCUGAUCAUCCAUCACACGUGGAAUACAAGAGACGCUUGAUGAAGCUUGGUGAAUCCUCUGUCCGUUCUAAUGUGGACUUCUCUGAUUAUGGUAUAUCUGAGACUGAAGGAAGUAGUUUAUUGGGGAACGAAGAGCCAUCCUUGGGAUUUAAGAGAUCUUGCAUAGAGUGGUGUCUCGAACACAAUAUUGAAUAUGUUGAAGCUUGUGCAUCAAAUGCUGAAUUUGACCAAUGUCUCUCUGUCGAUGGUGAUUCACAGGGUAUUGAUAGACUUUAUGGUGCUCUCUCUGCUCAUAUGUGGCCGGGAAUGUUGUUGAAAUCUGGUGAUAGGAUAAACGAGCCUUCAUUGCCUGAGCAAGAAGAGUUCCGAAGAAGAAGAAUCUGACUACGAACCUGAAUAUGAAAUAUUAUCUCCUGCUUCAGCAGAACAAUGGGAUGAUGUAGGAUGUAUGUCUGCAGAUGGUCCUGUUUCUACUUCGGGAAGUGGGAGGCCUAUGGAAAAGGAUCUUGAUACUUCAGGUAGAGAGAGUGAAGCGAAUCAGCCGUCAACAUCAGCCUUUAAGUUGUCCAAAGAGCUUGACCAUGAAAAGGCAGCUAUGGCCUUCGAAACAAACCCAAUGUCAGAGCUCGAUAAUGAGAAGACUUAUGAAAUCGAAGAUUUGGAAACUCUAAUGGCUGAAAUUGGUAACGUGCGCAAUGGCUUGAGGUUGAUGCCUGACUUCCAGAGGAGGGAGAUGGCUGCGAAGCUGGCCAUGAAAAUGGCUGCAAUGUUUGGAGACAGUAGCGCCGGUGAGGAGGAUUUGGUUGAUUAGAGCAAUAAGAGUAUACCAAUUAGACUCCGAUUUAAAUCCUAUAGUUUGUCUGUCGCCGUAAAGAAAAAGCAGAAUCAGCUUGCCUACGUAUUUAAAGAGAAGCGGGCGACUAUCAACUGUUGUUCACUUGCACUAAGCACUGUCUUUGAGCAAUGGGAAAGCACAAGUGAAGUUUAGAGGUUAGUUCUCAAAAGAACAUGACGCUAAUAUAUGGGUUUUGUGAAUUUAUGUGUAAUUGGGUAAAAGUUUUUGUGUGCAAUAUUAAUAAAACUCCCAUGUUUUCUUGA